GUGUGUUUACUUGCAGUUUACUUCCGCUUCCACGUCAUUUUUUGUGUUGUGGUGUAAUUUCCAACAAUAAGGAAACGAGGGAUUAAAUAGACUUGUCAAUAAUCAAAAACAUUGAUUUUUAAGAAAAAAAUCUUUCUGGGGAAUAUUUCUAACUGCUGACUGUUCAAUUUAUUUUGUAUUUUCGUUUUACACUGGUGUGUCAUCGUCACAUUUUGGGAAUCCCCUAACAACAUACAAACGUUGACGAAGUUUGUUACACGUCAUUUUUGAUAUUUUGUCAAUUUCCAUAAAUAGAUGUUAAUAACUUAAACAUAUUAAUGGAAGUGGACGCCAAUUUGCAUGUGCUUGACCUGUUGUUUGAUGACCAAGAAGGUGUACUGUCGAAAGAGUUCGACAAUCCACAUGUGCCACCAUUGGACUUUUCUGACCUUGACUUAUUUUCUGGAGAUCUUUUGGAAUCUGCCUUAAAUGAAGCCAACAUUAACAACUUUGAUUUCCUUGACCCACCAGAAUUAGAAAAUAAAACAAAAGACAUUUAUUCAGAUCAUGAUUAUUAUGCUCAAAAAUCACCAUCAAACAGUGACAGCGGGAUAUCAAUGAGCUCAAGUGGUCAUGCUUAUUCCCCACAGAGUGUGUCGUCUGACCAACAGUAUAGUCCAAGAUCAACAGACCAGCAACAAAGCCCACAGUCAGGAGAAAUGUCAGGAUCCCCAAGGAGUCAAUCAAACUUAAUUCCUGAUAUGAUGGAAAUCAAUUGUGAUGUUGGACAAGCUGGUAUCAUUCAACAAAAUAAUGUACUGUCACUUGAGGAUUUAGACAUGAAAGACAUUAAUAUUGAUGGAAUUGAUCCUAGUUUAUUGAUGAAUGCAACUGAUGAAGAUUUCCUCAAAGAAAUUUGUAGUACAAAUGCUCUAAAUCAGGAAACAUCAAUUAAUUUUGGUUUAGACAGUCCACUGAAUGAAGUCACCAGUACAACAGCCACUGUUGAUUCUAGUCAAGUUAUUCGUGUCAUCAAAGUUACAUCGUGUGAUACAUUACCAUUUACCAUGAAAGAUAUUAACACAUCAACAUCAUCAAAGAUUCCAGAAUUAAAGCUGACAGAUGAAGAAUUAGACUUACUGGCUAAAGAGGGUGUUGUUCUCCCAACAGAUAUGCCGCUGACAAAGGAAGAAGAAAGAGUCCUUAAAGCAGUUAGACGCAAAAUAAGAAAUAAGAUAUCUGCAAAAGAAAGUAGAAAGAGAAAGAUGGGUUAUGUGGAGGGGUUGGAGAAACGAGUCAAAAUGUGUACAUCAGAAAAUGCUAACUUGAAGAAAAAGGUGGAUGGCUUAGAACAACAAAAUCAAACAUUGCUGCAGCAGUUAAAGAAAUUACAAACAUUUUUAGUUUCCAAGACAUCCAAACCACAGACAUCAACAUGUGUUAUGGUACUACUGUUAUCAUUUGCUUUUAUCAUUGUACCAACCUUUAAUCCAUUCAAAAGCUUUGAUUCCCUGACAGGAGUAAGGAAUGUUCCAAUUCCAGGAAAAUCCAGAAGUUUGCUUCACGAUGGAGACAGUGGAUUUGAUACAGAUAAUGAUGACAAUCCUUAUGGUCUAACAGUUAAACCAGGUCCUCCGUUUGAAAUACCGCCAAAAACACCAGCAAUUCCUAUUCCGCCGAAUACACACAUUGAUACCAUCGUGGAUGAAGACAUUUUAUAUCAUUCUAAAUCAGCAGACGACAAUGAAACAGACAUCAAUCAUAUUAAUGUGAAAUUAAGUAACAAUAAUGUCAAUCAGGAACAAAUUCAGGUGGACUUUAAUAACGAGAAAACAGUGGAACAAUUUGAUAGUGGCGAAAGUGACACAAAAAGUCACAGCAAAAAUGGAGAUUUAUGACAUAAUUAUUGUUUUCUCAGGGAGAAAUAGUUAAUGAUAAUUAUGUUAAUAAUUGUUAAUCACAUGUAGUACAGCAUUAUGAAAUAGCUACAUGUAUCAUGUGUAUAAUGGGCUGGUCCAUCUCAGGACAGCAUUAUGAAAUAGUUACAUAUAUAAUAGGCUGGUCCCCCCAACUAUUUAUAGCCUUGGAAGGUUACUGAUUGAUUAAGUUGCAAUAGUAUCUCUUUUCAAGAUUUUAAGAAUUUUAGGAUUCAAACUGCAUGCAAGAAUUAGUCCCAAAUUUGAACACCAAGAAAAAUAAAGAUUUAUUGAUCAUGUUGAUUGCUUAUAACUUUUGCAACCUAUGAUUUUUAAAAUUUUUUCAAAGUCCAACCAAAUCAUAAAAUUGUAAUUAUUGUGAUUAUAAUAAUGCUUUUACAUGGUUUUGAGGAGGGGUGGAUUUAGAGUUUUAGAUGUGGUCAAAUAUCCUUACAUGUAUAUGUAUAUGAUUCUAAACUUUCACCACCAUGACCACCUGAUGGAUAGUUUUAUUUAUUUGUUUUAGAAUAAAAGUCAUGCUUAUUAUUUUUAUUAUAGGAAUUUAUGAUUUUAGUACAUUUUUCACAGCAAUUCAGCUACUACUGAAUGAUGCACAUAUUUAAUGAAACAUUUGUCAUAAAAAAAUAUUUAAAAAAUUAGUCAUGAUUUUUAUCUAGUGCAAAAUGGAUAGUUCUUGUCUCCUUUGAUAACAUACCAAAUUGUCUUUUAAUUGGGAAUUUUAAAAUUCGACAAAACUCAUCUUAGAAUUUCACAAAAUGAUAGCCAAAGGUAUCAAUAGUAAUUCAUUUGAAAAUUUAGUAAGGACUUGAGAAACAAAACUUAUUUCCCGAGUAAACAAAUGUUUAGUGAUUAGUUUACAUAAUUUUAUUGGCUUCAUUACAGUUCAGUCAUGAUAAAGUUUUGUUGACAAGGAUGCUGGAGAAAUUUUCAUAUUUUUCAGAAAAUGAUUUGUUACAAAAUAUGUUUCAAUACCAUAAACAUUUGAUUCUUAUAAUUGACAGUGUCAUAUAUCUACGAUGUAUGUUUGUAAAAUUGUUCUGUUUAUAAUUCUCUAUCAUUUUUAUCAGUCUUCAUAACCAUUUGUUUUGUAAAAAUCAUAAGUGCUAUGCUUGAAACUGUACAAAUAACAUAUUAUAUAAGCUUUAAUGUAUAGUUUGAAACUUUGCACACAUUUUAGUGAUUAUUUCUAGAUGAAAUUUGAAAGACACUUUAAUUUGAAACAAUUUUUAUUUUCCAAAUGUUAUUGAUUUUUCAUACAUUUUAUUGGCUGGGAAUGUAUUUAAAUGCAUGAAAAGAUUAAAGAGUUAGAUUUGAGUUUUUCAUGAAUAUGUUUACUAUGAGCUUUUUUUUGGCAACAUAUUUGAGAAAGUAAAUGGCUAUCAGUUUGAUACUUGAUUGAGUGAUGGCAGGUUCAUUAAAUUUUGAUCAUCUUUUCAUUUUACAAAUGAAACUGUUUUAUAUAACCCUUUCUUGUGAAGGUUAUUUUUGUUUUUCUACUUGUUGUUUUAUACUAUUUUGUUGUAAAUAAAGAAUAUUUUUGAA